CCGGCCCGAAAGAGCAAGCCCCUGUGUCUGAAACAGCCACUAUAAAGUCUGCGCUCCUGCAGGUUGCAACCUCGCUAGCCUUGCCUGCCAUCUUCUGCAGAACACACGCCCAAACUGCAGCCGCGCACAAAAAUUCACACUGCCGCUGCAGCCGCGGCCUGUGCCUCCCCAGUCCCCCGAGACGUCCCCGUGCCGCGAGGCAGAGGGCUCCCCCACGGCUGCCGCCCGCCGUGCUAGUUUCCGUUCAGAAUCCGAUACAGUGAGAGAAGUUGGAGCGGGCAUGGGUCGGGCGCCGUGCUGCGACAAGGCGAGCGUGAAGAGGGGGCCGUGGUCGCCCGAGGAGGACGAGUUGCUGCGGAGCUACGUCCAGAACCACGGCACCGGCGGCAACUGGAUCGCGCUCCCGCACAAAGCAGGGCUGAACCGGUGCGGCAAGAGCUGCCGGCUGCGGUGGCUCAACUACCUCCGGCCGGACAUCAAGCACGGCGGCUACACCGAGCAGGAGGACCGGAUCAUCUGCUCCCUCUACAACUCCAUCGGGAGCAGGUGGUCCAUUAUCGCAUCCAAGCUGCCCGGCCGGACGGACAACGACGUCAAGAACUACUGGAACACCAAGCUUAAGAAGAAGGCAAUCGUCAUGCACCAGCAGCAGCAGGAGUACUACUGCCACCACUCAGGCAGCGCCGGUGGCCGAGGCCGUGACCGCGGAGCCCUCGUCACGACGCCACCGCCAGUUCCCCAGAGCCAAUGCGCCUCCAUGCAGCCGUCGCCCGCGUCCGCGUCGUCCGCGGUCACCACCGCGAGCGGCAGCGACGCGUGCAGCUUCGGGGCCAUGUACACCUCUUCGACACUGCAGGCUCCAGUACUCGAGCGCUACGACGGCGCGGCGCCAGCGCCACAUCACGCGCCGUCGCUCGCCGAGUUCUCCCCCGCGCCACCAACGCCCGCCGGCGACGCCAACAGCUGGGCCAGCACCAUGGUUCUCGACGACAUGUUCCUACCCGAGCUCCUCGGGGCCGGCGAGUUCUUCCCGCCCGGCGACGUCUUCGGCGGCGGGUUCGGGCCGCUGCUGCAGGACAGGGCCUCCCUGCAGGAGCUCUCGGCGUGCUACUUCCCCAACGCGCAGGCGGAGAUGUGGGCGGCCGCUGACCACGUCAAGCCGCCGGCCGGCAUGUGCCACAGCUUUACAUGAGAGUACACGCUAACGUCCCGGCCACGCUUCGCAUGCAUGAUUCAUGGAUCAUGGCUAGCAUCCACCGCCUAGUUCUUGGCACUUCAUAUCUCUCCAUGAGAUGAUUACAUGUACAUUAUCUUAUCCGUGACUAGUACCAUGUCAUAGAGAAAUUAGAUGUGGAUUACAAAGUCGCCAUUGCUAGCUUCGCUUCUGCCUAGCUACCAACCGGUCAGUCACUGUUCAAAACUAUUCUCCAGCGGCUUUUGUUUCUCAAUGUGAUAAUGACAUCGUAGGGCUCUGCCUGUCCCUAGCUUAUAGUCGUAGUUUUCGAGCAAUCAAGUCCGCCUCAAGUCUAAGCACCCAAUUGAUAUACUUAGAAUUAUACUAUACUAGUUCUAGUAGUAGCUGUGACUUGUCACUUGUGAGACUGUCAAAUCAUCAUUUGGGUAUCGCUUGGCCUGAGGCGGCCGGGAGGCAAACGAUAAGCACACCGGGCGCACUGUGCAUGCAUUCGCGUUCUCUCCAUCGUGAUCAUGAUCGUGACGAGUGACGACGACGGCCGGCGAGGCGGCGACGGAGCAGGGUUGGUGCCCGCGGUGCCGUGUGCGCGCGCGGCAUCAGGUAGCAUGGACCAGCUCGCGCGUGAGGCUCGCGUGCAUGCACAGGCGACCCGUUCAAGAGGCGA